AUGGCAGGCUAUCAAGAGGAGCCCGAUCUAUUCGGCGACAAUGACGACGUGUUCGACUUCGACGCUCCGAUUGAUGGAGACCUCAAAUUCGAUGCGCCGACGGAUGAAUUACCAGAUGAGCUUCCACAAAAUGUCUUUGAGAAUGCUGAGUUAGGGGGUAUGCUCGGCGAAGGAGAAGUCGGAUUGGAUGAGAUCAUGCGUGGCCUCGAAGACCGGGAACUUGAGCCAGGCGAGAAGGCUGAUAACGCGGUCGACUAUGGCGACGUGUCUGACGACGACCUCCCAGAUGAGGAGCCCGUAGGAGGACCGGUGCAAAGUUCCUACCAGCCAUUGUCGGGAAUAGAAGACGCUGCGAUGACAGACGGUACACCAGACGGACCUCUCAACGACUUCGAUGAUGAUCUUUUCGGCGGAUCCAGUCCACCUGGUGGCGAUGCCGACUUGGGUGGCUUGGACUCGUUUGGGACUGUUGCCUUGCCUGCCAACAUCGAUGCAGCAGAUGCUAUCGAUACUCCAGUUGCCGACAAUGACGAUGGCGAUAAAGCCUCGCUCGCUUCCGAACAUCAAGACGGUGCUGACCACCAGGAAGCCCCUCUCACCAGCAAUCAACCAGACGAUACAGAAGAUGCCAAGAUGUUGUUAUUACAAAUGAUGCUUUUUGGUGGCAAGGUGCCGGAGACUGAGGAGGAGAACCUCGACGAAUGGGUUCGCACCGAGUUUCCCACUUUCAAACAGCAGGAAAUACCCUACUUUAAUCGCCUUUUCCCUCCUCGCCAUUCGAGAUGGCUUGAGGGCAAGACGCCACUAAAGCCCCCCAAGCCGCUCCGGCCUACCAAAGUCACCCUCGAGAUCGAAUCCGAUCAACGCUUGCUGUUCAACUCCGCUGGAGUCGCGAACCUUCAAGAACCCCGCAGCGACAUCGUGCACAUCGUGCAGCCUACUGCCAGCAAUGAAGACUCAGAGCUCUACGAUGAGUCUGAUGGUGAUGAGCCAUUGCCAGGCGGGAUCACGAUGCAGGAUCUCGAAUUCUUGUGCACCGACUUUGAUACUCUUUCUCAUCCUGCCGAUUCAGACACUGAAGGUGCCCGGGAUGUGCCAGUUAGGAUCGCUGACCCUGAUGCCAUGUUUGACGAAGACGAUUUCGAAGCUCUCGAGCCAGCUCGCAAAAAGCGCAAACUCGGGUUAUCCGACCACGACAUUGUGACCAUGCCUCAUUUUCCUUUGCCGGAUUCGUUCGACAACUUCGAACGCAUGACAGCGAAGAUUGCCAGCAAGCCUCUUCUGGACCUCAACGAUACUAAUCUUCUGCUCGAAGAGGUAGACCCUGAAGCCAUGAAUACAAAGUCCAAGCCUGGCGUCAAGACCAAAGGUCCGCAAACUGUUGUGCACAAGCUAUUUGAUCGAUUCAACACCUCGAACGAUACCGAGUAUGAUCUUCUCAAGCAGAAUCAUCAGCACAAGGUCCGAGGCCAACUUGGUCAUACGACUAUUGAUCACUCGAUGCCUGCUAUUCGUCUUCAAUACCCAUACUACCCAGUUCAGUUAUCACUUCAGGAGCUCCGCAACUGGCACCGGAAAAAGAUUCACUUCAGAGCGCCAAUUACUUUCUCGAAGGCUCCUCGACAGAAGCGGAAAGUCCUGAAAGGCAAAGAGCCCAAGGAGAUCUUCAGUAGAUCGAAAGACCUCUCUCUCGGCGACAACUCGACCGCUGCACUCUUCGAGUAUUCUGAGGAGCACCCCACGAUGCUGUCCUCGACUGGUAUGGGCAACAAAAUUGUCAACUACUAUCGACGAAAGUCAGCUGACGAUGCCACUCGACCCAAACACGAUAUCGGUGAAUUGACUGUGCUCCUCCCUGAAGACAAGUCUCCAUUCAACACCUUCGGUCACAUCGAUGGUGGGGAAGAGAUGACUGCGCUUGUCAACUCGAUGUACAAGGCUCCUGUAUUCGAGCAGAAUCCUGGUCACGAGGACUUCCUGGUCGUUCGCGAAUCCACCGGUCUGGAAGGUCAGCGCUACUACAUCCGCUCCAUCGACAAUGCCUUCGUUGUCGGCCAAGAGCUACCCACAAUGACUGUGCCUGGGAUUCAUUCGCGCAACGUCACCUCAGCCAGCAAAUACCGCCUUCGCGCCAUUGCCUACCGCAUUAUCCGCCACCGCAAGUCGCACCGCCUUCGAGUUGAGGAUGUUACUCGCCACUUCCCUGACACAACUGACAUGCAAAAUCGCCAGAAGAUGAAGGAGUUCAUGGUUUUCAACAAGCAAGAAAAAGAAUGGGAGAUGGCCAAAGGCAACACUGUUCCGGGUGAAGACACUGUCCAAUCUCUGCUCAAACCCGAAGACAUCGCCCUCCUCGAGGCCAAGGAUGUUGGUGCUCAGUAUCUCCGUGACGCAGGCUAUGGUGAAGAUGAUUAUGACGAAGACAAGGACAACAAGGACAAUGCAGCAGGUACAGCGAGCACCGACCAGCUACUGGCUCCAUGGCGUGCUACCAAAAACUUUGUCUAUGCCGAUCAAGGCAAGGCUAUGUUGCAAUUGCACGGUGAAGGUGACCCUUCAGGUCGUGGUGAAGCCUACUCGUUCCUCAAGACUUCUAUGAAGGGCGGCUUCCGAGCGCAAGGUGCCCCUGUGGCCGAUACUGUGCAGGCCAAGAAAGAGCUUGGUGGGCACAGCUACAACGUGGCCAAGCAGCAGCGUGACUAUGAAGAAGCCAUCCGCAAGAUUUGGAUCAAACAAAAGGAUGCCUUGUCGUCCAAAGUACCUCCUUCGGAUCCAACGCUCGAAGGUGACAUCGACACCCAGGAGGACAAUUUGGCCCGACAGAGUACUAGAGCUACCCCGGCGCCUACCCCAGGUGGCGGACGACGUGCCAAUGAUGACAACGCCUCCUCGUUCAGCCGUGCCAGUCAAGGUGGCAAGAAAUGGUUGAAGAUCACUCGCACUGUUGUUGUCAAUGGCAAGGAGACCCAGCAGGUUGAAGUUGUGUCCGAUCCUGCCAUCAUCAAGGCCUAUACUCGCCGCAAGGAGCAGCUCGCUAACAGCAACUUGGAUAUCACCCGCCUCUCGGGCCCAUCCGGCAACGCUGAAAUGGACGCGAAGAACGAGGAGCGUAUUCGCGCCGAGAUCGCGCGCCUCGAAGCUAACCAAGCACGCAACAAGAAACGAGCCUCGAAAAAGGCUGCUACGACCGCCGGUUCUCCCGAUGGCGACGCUGCGUCUCCGGACGGCGACGGCACGCCAUCUGGGAAGCAGACGCAGCCUACAAUGCGCAAAUGUGCCAACUGUGGUCAAGUUGGCCACAUCAAAACCAACAAAAAGUCAGUAAAAGACUCCAUCUGUCCCAACUGCCACCUCAGCCUAUUCAAGAGCUUCUCCUCCGUCAGCGGUCCCGUGGCGCCCUUAGCAAGGCGACGCCGACCCACGUCCCGUAAGCGUGGCCAGGCUGCGUCUGCGACAAAGGUGACGGCGCCGCCUGUGGAGGCUGAAGAGGACAUCCCUGGUCCCUCCACCUGA